AUGGAUUCAACUGGAUCAUGUGGCCAGGACUUUGUUAUCGGCUUGUUUCAACAGUUUGGCCUAAUGUUUUAUUUGAUACAACCCACAAGUUCCACAUUUAGCUCCCCAUACGACAUUCCCAACUACGAACUCGAGAUAUGGCCGGUGUUUGCAACAUUGUUAUUUAUUGAGCAACUGGUCCAUUGGUUUCGCGGCUCAGACCCGACCAAACUGGCCAACACUAUACUUAACUUAGGCUCAGGACUAUUGGUGGCGAUCACAAGAGUUCUACUAUUGGCAAUAAUAAUCAAAACAAUGUAUUACUUUCACUACAAUUAUCAUUUGUUUUGUCUGUCGUCGUCGACCGACACGUGGUUUGUGUGUUUAAUAUUAAACGAUUUCGUCUAUUAUUGGUCGCAUCGGUCACUGCAUCGGAUCCACCUCUUGUGGGCCAGUCAUCAGUUCCAUCACAGCCAAUGGCCCGACACAGACAUGUCCACUGGGCACAGGCGCACAGUUAUUGACUUCAUUAUUUGCGAUAUGAUGACCAUUCCGUUAUCCCUGAUUAUCCCACCGCCCAUAUUACUGGCACACAUGCAAUUUGGCCGCAUAUACCAAAUAUGGCUACACACAGGUUUGGUGCCCGGAUUAGGGCGACUCGAGUACCUGAUCAACACUCCCCGUCAGCAUCGGACACAUCACCGGUCAAUUAGCUCCGGACAGUCCGGAAAUUACGGCGGUCUACUUAUAAUAUGGGACCGUAUGUUUGGCACUUAUAUACAUCCCAUUGCACGCGAUGCGACCGGCAUUACCUGCUCCGGAAUCACAUACAAUGUUAUAGCACUUCAGUGUAGUUAUUAUUAUAAAGUGUUAUGGCGUGAGUUGACCAUGGUCAGUGGUGUGCCUAAUAAAAUCAAGACCCUUUUAAGCAAACCUGAGUUCGUGAAAGUUCCCAAUAAAAUUAUUUUCAGCCCUAUCGCACCAUUGGUUGAGAUAGUCCGGUGCAUUCUCUACUACCCGUUUGAUAAAUAUUUGGUUAGCCGAUGGGUGGAGACGUCAAUGCCGGGCCAUUUAAUACCGGUCACCGAAGGGUACAGUCAGAGUUACCAUACGCUGUUACCAAAAGUUACUGAUAACAGUAACCGACAGUCCAAUCGCCGAUUAUUAUACAUAACAGCAAUGGAUUCAACUGGAUCAUGUGGCCAGAACUUUGUUACCGGCUUGUUUCAUCAGUUUGGGCUAAUAUUUUAUUUGAUACAACCCGGAAGUUCAACAUUCAAUUCCCCCUAUGACAUUCCCAACUACGAACUCGAGGUAUGGCCGGUGUUUGCAACAUUGCUAUUUGUUGAGCAAAUGAUCUAUUGGUUUCGCGGCUCAGCCCCAACCAAACUGACCAACACUAUACUUAAUUUAGGCUCAGGACUAUUGGUGGCGAUCACAAGAGUUCUAUUAUUGGAGAUAGUAAUCAAAACAAUGUAUUACUUUCACUUCAAUUAUCAUAUGUUUUGUCUGUCGUCGUCGACCGACACGUGGUUUGUGUGUUUAAUAUUAAACGAUUUCGUCUAUUAUUGGUCGCAUCGGUCACUGCAUCGGAUCCACAUCUUAUGGGCCAGUCAUCAGUUCCAUCACAGCCAAUGGCCCGACACAGACAUGUCCACUGGACACAGGCGCUCAGUUAUUGACUUCAUUAUUUGUGAUAUGAUGGCCAUUCCGUUAUCCCUGAUUAUCCCACCGCCCAUAUUACUGGCACACAUGCAAUUUGGCCGCAUAUACCAGAUAUGGCUACACACAGGUGUGGUGCCCGGGUUAGGGCGACUCGAGUACCUGAUUAACACUCCUCUUCAGCAUCGGGCACAUCACCGGUCAAUUAGCUCAGGACAGUCCGGCAAUUACGGCGGUUUACUUAUGAUAUGGGACCGAAUGUUUGGCACUUACAUACAUACCAUUACACGCGAUGUCAAUGGCAUUACCUGCUCCGGAAUCACAUACAAUGUUAUAGCACUUCAGUGUAGUUAUUAUUAUAAGGUGUUAUGUUCUAAGUUGACCAUGGGUACAGUCAGAGUUACCAUACGCUUUUACCAAAAGUAA